AUGGAUCUCAAUACAAGCUGUAUAUUGUUCCCGCAUAAUGGGGAGCUCACGAAAAAUAACAAUUGUGGUGAUACCGCUUUGCGCUUGGAUUGCUUUGGUUAUGGAGGAAGCAAAACUUCUGGAUUUGGGAGCACUCAACCAAACACUGAAGGCCGUCUUAUCCCUUCCAAUGCUCCUGAUGACAGUUGCAGGUUGGUACUUGGAUUGGGCCCACCACCAAGUACGUACUCUGAUAACUUUUACCCUAUUGGUGUGAAGAAAGACAAAGGAUUGGCUGCUGUGUUGCAACAGAGGUUGUCAUCUGAAGGUGAUUCAAUCCUAAAACUUAGCCUUUUUGGAGGGUCUGAGAAAAUUUCUGGUGAGAUUGAGUAUUCAGUUUCAACAAAGAGUCACUUGAAUGCACCUCCUCACCAUGACCAAGUAUCUGUUGAUAGAAUACUGGUACCUGUUGUUGAUGAGGGAUCUACUACUGCCAAAAAAUCAGGUGGCUAUAUGCCAUCGCUUGUUAUGGCUCCAAAAAUGGAUGGAAGCAAAAUUUUGUUGCAAACUGGUCUUUUAGAGCCUGGGACAAAAGCUCUUUGCCAUUCUUCGCGGUUAAUCUCCGAGCCUUCUUCUGUCACGGACUACUCAAUGAGCACCUUCUCUGACACUGCAACAGUUGGAGCAAGUUCAGAUCACAGGGCCAGCAAUCCUAAGAAAUGCAAGUUCGAGGGGUGUACGAAAGGAGCACGGGGAGCAACGGGCCUCUGUAUUGGCCACGGGGGCGGACAAAGAUGCCAGAAACCUGGGUGUAGCAAAGGUGCAGAGAGCCGAACGGCCUACUGUAAGGCCCACGGAGGAGGGAGGAGGUGCCAGCAUUUGGGGUGCACUAAAAGUGCUGAGGGGAGAACAGACAAUUGCAUAGCACACGGCGGUGGGAGACGUUGUGGCCAUCCGGCAGGGUGCACCAAGGCAGCACGUGGCAAGUCAGGACUUUGCAUCAGGCAUGGUGGGGGGAAGAGGUGUAAGGUGGAAGGCUGCGCCCGCAGCGCUGAAGGGCAAAUCGGAUUGUGCAUCUCUCAUGGGGGUGGACGCCGUUGCCAGUUUGAAGGUUGUAGUAAGGGUGCUCAAGGGAUCACUAUGUUCUGCAAAGCACAUGGUGGUGGAAAGCGCUGCAUAUUUUCAGGUUGCACCAAAGGUGCUGAAGGGAGCACCCCACUUUGCAAAGGACAUGGUGGGGGAAAGCGCUGUCUCUUUGGUGGUGGGAUUUGCCCGAAGAGCGUACAUGGGGGCACAAACUUUUGUGUUGCCCAUGGUGGUGGAAAGAGGUGUUCUGUUCCAGACUGCACCAAGAGUGCACGGGGACGUACUGAUUGCUGUGUCAGGCAUGGUGGAGGUAAACGUUGUAGGUUUGAAAACUGUGGGAAGAGUGCCCAAGGUAGCACAGACUUCUGCAAGGCCCAUGGUGGUGGAAAGCGGUGCAACUGGGGAGAGGGAAAAUGCGAGAAAUUUGCGAGGGGUAAGAGUGGGCUAUGUGCUGCGCACAGCAGCAUGGUUCAGGAGCGUGAGACUAACAAAAGAGGUAUGAUUUCACCGGGACUCUUCCAUGGGCUUGUACCUUCAGCCUCAACUGUUGUUAGCAGCUUCGACAACACUUACUCUUCAUCGGGAGUGAGUGUGGUCUCAGAUUCUGUGGAUUCAUUUGAGCAGCCGGUUAAACGACAACAUCUCAUACCCCCUCAGGUAUUGGUUCCUUUAUCUAUGAAAUCUUCCUCAAAUUAUCCGAGACCAUCAAGCUCUGACAAACAAGAUGAAGGAAGCACCGGUGAUGGCAUUGGCAGCAAUGGUGUGAGAAAGAGCUUUAAUUUUAUGAUUCCAGAAGGGAGGGUCCAUGGUGGCGGUCUCUUGUCAUUGCUUGGUGGAAGCCUGAAGAAUGCCAUUGAUGGGAUUUAG